AUGUCAGGUGGCUGGCAAACACAAGGCGCUGAGACUACGCAGUGGGGAAGGGGCGAAGCUACGACUUCAUCUUGGCCUACUUGGUCGGCGACCGCGCAUGCAACUGCACGAGCGGAUGGCGAGGAGGACGACGACUUGGAUGACGGCCAUGGACCGAAUCUGAGACAGAUUCGCGUGGCUGGGGCCAAGAUGGGCGGCAGCAGGACAGCACCUGGAGGUGGGGAAGCUGGAGCCAAAGCAAAGGAGCCAAGCAAAGGGGACUACAGCGAUCCACCUUGUUGGGGUGGGACUCAAACACUGAUGUCCCUGUGUGGCGGCCGCUUUGAGACGCUCAGCAAGCAACCUGCCUGGGAUCUCCAGAGCCGCCUCGAGCACGUGGCGGAGGAAGUCCUGGCGAGCCCUGCCUACUUGGACACGGUCCUCAAGAUUCUGGAUGCCAUUGCUGGCGAGAAGGACGCCUCGGAGAAGCGACGAGUUGUUCGAGCUGCGCUCUUUGAUGGGGCAAGGAAGCGCGACGAGACCCUUUCGCAGUUCGCAGCCAGGCGCGAGCAAGAGCUUGCUGGAGCGGGUCGGUACCUCACGAUUCCGUCCGAGGAGACUUCUGGUCUCUUUAGGCAGGGCACCCAGAACUUGCGCACUCUUACGGGUGGCUCUGUGGACUAUGACCGGGUUCUCAAUAGCUUGAAGAUGCUUGAUGUUGAGGAGGAACCACUUACCAAGGGCAAGGCCUCGCUUUUCACCGGCAUCACCGAGGACCAGGUCGAGUGCUUCUUGGCGGAGGUGGAUGACGUCGACGAGGACAAGGUGAUCGAGAUGCUGGUGGCUUUCGAGAAGGAGAUGGGCGAGAACAAAGGGCGCGAGAAGCGCCGAACCUGGAAGGAGAACAAGGAGCGCAGGCAGGCUCAAAAGAAGAGUCGCCGGAUUCUUGAACGUGGAGAGCGUCCGCGCCUAAGGACCGCGCCCGCUGCGCAAAUUGCGGCGAUUGCGGACGCCGGAAAGCCGAGUGCAAGAAUCCAUACGGCUCGAAGGAGGACCGGAACAAAGGGCAGUGGCGUGGCCGGAGGUGCGGCCAAGAAGGCCCCGGAGGCGCGGAUUAAGGACUACUUGGUGAAGACUGGCCUCGCCGACUUCGAGGGCACGGCCAACGACGAUCGCGGGCACGGCGAUGUCGACACGGACUACUUGGCGAAGACUGGCCCCACCCACUUCGGGGACACGGCCGACGACGAGCUUGAGGAGCUUCGCGAGCAUAACGACGGCAACGCGGAGAACGGCGAGCGCGACGGCUGGCGGACGGCUUGGUGGUGCGCUUUCCUUGACGUGGACGUGGAGCUUCGCCGGCGCGUGCUUCAGCGCCAACGCCAGAAGGACCUGAGUGAUGAGCUCUCGACUUCCCUCUUUACUUUGGAGGCCGGGCAUGCCAUCGUUGACAUCGGCGCGGCGCAGGACCUAAUCGGCGACGAGGCCUUUGAAAAGCUGAGCCAACGACUUCGUGGGCAAGGUCUUCGCUGCUUGAGGCUUGACGGACAACCUUCCGCCGCGCACGGCGUGGGAGGCAAGGCGGAACCGCUGUUCGUUGUUCCAUGUCGGUUGGCUGGAGUUCCUGGAGUGAUUCGAGUCACCGUGGUCCGUGGAGGCGUCCCGCACUUGCUCUCCGUGGGCCUUCUCGAGUCCAUGCGCAACACCGUGAACUACCAGGAGCUUGGCGUGAGUGAGCCUAUGCAGCGACUCAGAUCCGGCCAUCGCAUUGUAGAUGUGGCUGAUUGGCCUGGCGGCGCAUUCCCUGUGCCUCCUCAUCUCAAAGAAGAGCUUGGCCUGGAAGACGUCCUGUUGAACCACAUCAUGGGCAUGUUCCGCUGUGCACUGCUGCAGCUUGCCCACAUGUGCGUGACCAAGUUUGCGUUGCGCCACUUGAUGUUCAUGCCCAGGUUCUGCAAAUUUGCGACUGCGACUCAUGGAGACGGCGCCCGAGCAUCGAUGGAAGCUGUUGACGCAAGGCCUGCUUGCAGUGCCGCCGUCCUUCCACCUCCGUGGUCAACCGUGCCAACCAGUAUGACAGCUGGGCUCGGUGCCUCAUGUGUUGACAAAGCUCUGACCUACGUGCCACAUCGGACGAGGCCGCCCAGCAAGAAGGAAAAUGGCAAGACAGCGGGCGCGGCGGGCAGCAGCAAGGAUGGCGUGGUGGAGAUGGUGACGGCCGUGACAAAGGCGAUGUCGGAGAACAACCAGCAACUUCAGGCGGCGAUGGCAGAGAGCAACCGACAGGUGCUGGCCGGUAUGGCGGAGAACAACCACCAUGGUGGCAGGGAUGACCAUCAUGGUGCAGACGAUGCAGGCCAUCCAGGGCACGCAGCAGGUCCUCGGCGAGAACCCGAAUCAGAGGAGAACGUUGAUCCGGUGGCAGUCCUUCGCCGUCGGGUCAACCAAAUCAUCGCGGGCAAUGGCGGUGACCACUUCUGCACCUUCCUCGACGCCAACGGCCCCUCUGAGAUGUCGGCUCGCUUGAUCGAGGGAGUGAACAAGGUCACCGGUGAGCGACGCACUAUGGUGCAAUGGGAGGCUCCCGCCUUCGCCCGACAUCUUCAUGGACAAGAUCUUGUUGACGAGGACUCGGAGGUGAGCGGCAACGAGAAGAAGAAACGAAGAGCUACUCGUCUUCUGCAGGACACCUAUGGGAGGCCUGCUUCUCAGAUGGCAAGGCGCCUGACGGUUUUCGAGGUCGGCGCCCAGCAGCACCUUCGACGAGACGACGGCUGUGGCGCGGAGGUGGUCUUCUUCAACCAGAGGCACUGGUCGAACUUCUCCCGGGAACGAGACAGGGACGUCUUCCAACGACUGGCAGGGCGAUCUUUUGCUUUCUGGGGAUGGGAGGGAGGAGUGCCAGCUCGUCUACGACGACUUCAGCGACACGCUGGCGUGGCCUUUAUUGACCAGCAGGGCGACGAGGCGGCAACCGUGAUCACCCACAACAUAACUGGCCCCGGCCUUGUGUUGCUUCAUCAAGGCACUACGGUCUGGGUUGCGAUGAGGGCAUGGCGGCACGGCGGCGCGGCUGUGGAAGUGCAACAUGUGCCACUGACGGAGCCGGUGGAAGAGCCGGAAGAAAGUCCUCGACAAAUACUCGUGGAGAACCAGGUGCCGGCCGAGAGAGAAUCGAGGCCACGAAGAAUUUCCAUUCAGAGCGCCGCCGUGCCAAGUGAGGAUAGUGAGGCCUUGACGGAGCGCGGUGAUGAGAGCCAGCUUCCGCAUUUCUUCGUGAGAGACCAGGUCUUGCACCUCUUCUUGAAGGACCAGGACCUGGCGACGCAAGCUCUACCCGAGACCUUCGCGAGAAGACGCCCGUGGAGACCGAGACCGCGGUGGCACCCCGACGAGAUCCUCCUGCUCGACGUGGCUCUUGUUCACCUGUGCCUCAGAUUCAGACGAGCGCAGCGAGAACACUUUGAGGAGUGGAGCGCGUGCUGGGAGUUGAGGAACCCGAACGAGGAGGACCUCCCUCACGCAGAGAACGAGUCCGGAGGGCCUGCUCCCACGGAACCUACUGUGCCAAGCUCUGGUGAACCUCUCCCUCGAGAAGGAACUAACGCCUACACCAUGGACUUCCUGACCUUCGAGAACGUGCGGUUUCUGGAGGUGCUCUUUGCCUUCGAGUUGAAGCUGCGCGUCUUCGUGGCCGCCCGGAACGAUGAGUUCAACAUGAAGCACGCCGCUGCCGAGGUCUGGAAGGGCGCAGAGGCCCAGAGGCUCAGGGAGAAGUAUACACUUCGAAGCCGAAUGGUCCGGCGGAAAAAGCUGAUGCCUGGCGUCGGGUGCUUCAGUCGGUGGUGUGUGUUGGGCUUAGACGAUCCCGACGGGGACAACCUGUUUGCAGCUACACAUCAGUCCGAGGUGAUCAACCUUUUCUUCGAGGCGGCCCUGGACUUGGGACUGAAUGUCGUCUUUGGCGACGUCACCUCUGCCUUUUGUCAGGGCAAGAAGCUGACCAGAGCAAGAGGGCAACUCUUCGCCUCUCCAUGCGAGGGAACUGGGCUUGAUCCCGGCGACCUUGUGGAGUUGAUGGUGGCCGUCUACGAGUCUACGGCUUGGACGAUGCACCGGUUCAGUGUUCACUGGGCCGAGACCGCUCAGGAGAACGACCUUGGCUUUCGUCUCUGCGUCACGCAGGUCGACGACUUCAACGUGGCGGUUCGGGGAGACCGAGAGGAGGAACUUCUGGUCAAGGCGAUUGACUUGAGCCGCGGCAGACGGGCCCAAAAGGCCUCUGAACUUCUUCUGAAGGAGUUUGAGGACUUCCUGUCCAUGCUCUACAAGGUUUCUUGGGUGGCACACCAGACGAGGGCGGAAGCGGCCGGCAUGGUGAGCAUCAGGAGCUCGCGACUUCCCCAGGCCAAGAUCUUCGACAUCAUCGUCCUGAACAAAAUGGUGGGGCAUCUCCGUUCGACCGCAAAGCAAGGCAUUAAGUUGCACUGCUUCGACACCGAGGAGAUGUGCUUCAUUGGCAUCAGUGACUUCGGAGGAGUGGACCGCCUCACUCAGAACCACGACGCCAGCGGCCUGAUCGAGGAUCCGGUGCAAGGCGCGUGGCUUGUGCUGGGCUGCAACAAAGUGCCGGCUCACGUCGAGCAUCUUCGAGUGUUAGUGCUGACCUGGAGGUCCACGAAGCUGAAGCGACGGGUGACCUCUACCCUGGCCUCAGGGACUCUUUCGUUUGCACAGUGCCUUGGAAAACUGGAGUGGGUGCAGGUGCUGUACCGCGACAUGGUCUUCGGGGGCCGCAAGCAGGACAGGCGGACUGCUCUGGAACUCGCCUCGAUCGUGGAUGCGAUGAGUCAUUCUGGGGUCUUGUCAGGUGGACACCCCAUCAACGAAUGGUGGCUGAUGGCCACACGAAGGCAGACUUGGCCAAACAGAAUGGCGCGAUGCUGCAUUUUCUUCGUACAGGAGUUCUUCACAUCGAUGAUGAAAGAACUGAGCUCCUGCGACGACAAGGACAAGAGGGCAGAUCUAGGACUCGAGCGGCUACUUGCCGGUUCUGCAGAGGCCUCCAACAUGGCUAUGUCUUUUAACAUGUCAGUGGCGCUGUUGCCGGACUGCAUCAUAGAGCUCAAGACCAAGAGCGAGCUUCAAUCCAGAUGCCCGCAGAAGAUGUACAAGAUCGCCAUCCAAAAGCUCUUCAGUAUGGGUGAUGCCGACGGAGCCACACAGGUCUGGAAGCGUGCGCGCCAGCUAUACCGCGGGUCCACGCGCAUGUUUCCAGACAUGCUGCCUGAAGAGGAGGCCGCCAUUCCUUGGCCUUCUGCGCUGCAGACGCCAACUGUUUGGGUGCGUGGUUUGCGUGAGCAGCCGUUCUGGGAUUGCCACAAGGCUUGGCCAUUCGUCCGUACCCUGGAGGCCCAUGCAAGCCGAAUUCUUAGCGAAGCCAAGGAGGUGGCACCAAAAUUGACGAGAGCAUAUCCAUACCUUUUCACUCAAGGAUCUUGGCAAAACCUUUUCCUUUUCAGGGGCCGCACCUGGAACACAGAAGUCUGUCGGAUCAUGCCCUGGACUUGCCAUCUCCUUAUGCCUGAGAUUCCUACCAAGCCUGGUCUCCCGAUAGUCGUCCCCAACAACGAGGAGAUUGUGCUCUUUCGUUCCAUGGAUGGUGCCUAUGUGGGGCCUCACAGUGGCGCAGUCAACAACCAAAUCAAUAUCCACUUGACCCUAAAAGGAGGCCAGGGUGCUGUUUUGGACGUGGCUGGAGAUCGUCGAGAGCUGCAGGAAGGAAAGGCGAUGUGCUUUCAGGACAGCUACCUGCACAGCCUGGAGCAUAAGUGCGAGAAGGAUUCUGACAAGUGCCAGGAACGAUUGUCACUGGUGGUGCGUGUUUUGCACCCAGACUUCGACACGCAGAGUCUCCAUGGGCUAAGCGCUACAGAGGGAGAAGGUCCUCUUGAUGGCUUCAGUGAGAGCACGGCGCUCAAGGCAGAGCUCUCACGGUUGCGCGAGCAAUACCGGAAACUGUCUGCUGGCUCCGAGGAUUUGGGAGGUGAGGAGCCGUGCAGGGCACCUUUGCCUACAACGUCGGAAGUGCAAAAUGCCGGCGAGCUAUUCACGUUCUUGAGCCAGGAGUUCCACGGGUGGAAGCAUGCGGAUUUCGAGGAACCUAUUGAUGCCAUAGUCGUGCUAUCAAACUGGUAUGACCGAGUCUCCAAAGUCAAAAAAGUGUUGGAGCUGGCAGCUACUGCCCGCAAUGCCCCAAUCAUCGUGGUAGGGGGACGCGGACGACUAAGCUCGAUCCGUGCUGCCGAGCUGGACGGAGAAGCCCACGUCACGCUGGCCAGUCUUCUCGUGCUUUUGGAGGUGCCAGGGGAGCUUGGGACCAUUGUCACAAAUCGGGUUGUUGCCAUCAGCUGCAACGAAUGCCCCACACCCGAGCUUCGAGCUAAGUGCGGAUGCGUGGGCAACACUGGCUUCAACACCGAUCGUUUCUUGGAUUGGGCUGCGCUCCAUCUGCCGCCGCUGCCACACCGACCUCGGAGGGUUGUGUUUGUUGAGGAGUCCUUCCUUGUGCGUCGUGUCGCUGCCACUGUCCUGGGCCGGCUCUCUGGCUUCACCUCUCCAAGGCACGUUCACAACCAUUCGACCAUGGAGGUGAGCAUUGUCAACGCCAGGGAAGCUCAAGCCCUGGACCAACUACUUCAGGUGCAUGAAUCCAUGCCUUGCGCCAUGAUGCAUUUGAUGGCGGACGAGGUUGUUCGAUUGGAGAAAUACUCCGGCCAAGCUGCAGGCUCUCCGCAGCUGUUCUCAAAGUCCAUGUUCCUUGGGAACGUCAAGGCAGCACUCUCCAGCUGCAAGGCUGGGCUUCAAGAGGCUCGAUGUGUAGAUGGGCACAACUCUUCCAGUGAGGAGUUUCAGAGGGUCUUGGGUUUGGGCAAGGAGCUCUCUGCUAGAUAUGCCGCGCCCAUGGACAAAGUGGCCGGGGACAGGCGGCUAUUCUGGAGAUGUGUUGCUCCAAGGGAUUCGGAGGGUACGGCGGCGACUUGGACUGUGCCUGAAGCGCCUGGGGAGGCGUGGGGAUUUUGGCGAAAGGCCCGCGAUGCAGACUGCAACACCUGA